CUAGUGGGAAGAACAGGCUGUGGAAGGCAUUCCAGCAGGCUCCAGCUGAAGAGGCAGCAUUACGCAGCUUUCCUUUGAUUAGACAAUGUCACUGUUGUCAGGGCAACUGUGAACAGCGGCGUAUCAUAUUUUCUCCUUCUGUGCUGUGUGCUGAAUAUUUUAGUGCGCUGUAGCCGGCAGGAAGGGUUAGGGACAGGUGCUGGUGCAGUAAGAAAAUCAACAUAUUCCAUUUGGCUGGUAUCCAGCAAGAAGGACUAUCUAGUGAUUUCACAUCAGGUAGCGACCAUUUUCCCUGGCUCCCACUAUCUCCUGCAACCUAUGGGGGGGAUCACUGACACAAGCCGACAGAUGAGCUGGCUGCCCCAGUGAAAGACUCUCUUCUUGGGAAACUGCGGCAGGAGAAGAGAAUACAUGCUUAUAUUCCUGAAACCGAGGAAAAAAAGGACAGCGGCAAGCAAAAUGCCAGGGCCGAAUACUGCUGGCCGGCAGGAAAGGGUGAAGAAAACUGGUGCGCGGCCUACACCUCCAGUUUUAUUUACUAUUAAUGAAGAAGAUGAACAGCAGAAGAAUGGCAACAGUAGGAAGGUAAAAGCUCCUGAAGGUCCCCAUGGUAAGGUCCAAGAGAAGAAGAUGGCUUUAAGUUGUAAUGUAAAAGACAGCGCUUUAUCCAAGUCUGAGCCUCAUCUUGUUCUGAAGGUUGAUGAGAAACAAAAACUUGCCCGAGAGCGCAGAGAGGAACGUGAGAAAUUGAUAGCCGCGAGAGAAUCUUUAUGGUUAGAAAAAGAGAUGAGAGCUCGGCAGCACUAUGAGAAGCACAUAGAGGAGCGCAAAAAGAAACUAGAAGAACAGAGGAUCAAAGAGGAAAGGAGGCGCACUGCAGUGGAUGAGAAGCGAAAGCAGAAACUGGAGGAAGAAAAAAAACGCCAUGAAGCAGUAGUACGACGGACAAUGGAAAGAAGUCAGAAGCCAAAGCAGAAAAAUAACAGAUGGUCUUGGGGCGGUGUGCUACAGAGCAACACAAGUAUCAGCAGCUCAGGUUACGUUGACUCCUCUUUCACCACUAUCGAUUUAUCUGACCUGGCACACCAUCUCCAAGCUAAGGGUGGUGUUAGAAGAGAUCCUGACAGGAGGUCAGUGUCAACAAUGAACCUUUCGAAACAUGUUGAUCCCGUUAUUAACAAGCGCCUCUCUACAUCUUCUGCAACAUUACUUAAUUCUCCAGACAGAGGUCGCCGACCGCAGCUUAGUCCAUGGGAGUCCAGUGUGGUCACAAGAUUGCUAACCCCUACACACUCUUAUUUGGCCAGAAGUAAAAGCACAGCUGCCCUAUCUGGAGAUGCAGUUAUCCCCAUUUGUCCUCGUUCAGCAUCUUGCAGCCCCAUAAGCCCUCAGCCCUACAAGACUCCAACCAGUAAAAGUUCAGAGAAGCUGAAACUUUUUAUAACAACACCAGAAGCCAUUUCAAGGAGGAGAACCACACAUUUUGCGGGUGCAAAAAGCGUGGAGAAAAAAGAAAAACAAGACACUGAUAGGGAUGGAUUACCAGCUUCUUCCACUGUCAAGAGCUUCCCUAGUAUCCUGAAAACAAAAUCACCUGCUCCUACUUCUGGAGUACCCACACAGAAGUCAUCAGUUACUUUGUCUAUUACAAGUAAGUCAGCACCAGCUUUCUCUAAUAGUUCCACCAAGGGAACAAAUAUUGCUCAACGUCCACUCUCCCCUGGAAACGUCCGGCCAGGAAAAAAAGACAGCAAUGAAGACACCAAGAAAAAGCAGGAAGAAAAACAACCUGAUGACUGCACAGCUAAUGAUACUCUAAUGGCAAAAGAUCUACCACCAGCAGAUGUAGAACAUGUUAAUGAGAAAAGUUCUUCAAGUCCUGUCACAGCAGAAUCAAUACGAGACUCUCCAGUAUUGCCAUCUGCACCAGUCAUACCAUCACCUACCGUGUCUGGCAAGCAAUUUGCUGGAACCAACAAUCCAGAGGAAGCCACUAGGAUUCUUGCUGAGAAAAGGAGACUUGCUCGAGAACAGAGAGAGAGAGAUGAGCAAGAAAAGAGAGACAAAGAAGAGGAAGAACGAAAGAGAAAGGAGGAAUUGGCUCAAAGGGAAGCCGAGGGAAGAGCUCAGCAAGAGCAGCAGGCAAGACAGCUGGAUGCAGAGCGAAAGCUGAAGGAAGAAAAAGAGCGUCGGGAAAAAGAAAAGCAGCUCAGGCAACUGGCAGAGGAAAAAGAGCAACGAGAGCGGGAGGAAGCGGAGCGUCUACAGAAACAAAUAGAAGAAGCCAAUCGCAUUAGGAUAGAGCGGGAAAAACAUUUCCAAAGAGAGGAGCAGGAACGUUCAGAGAGGAAGAAGCGACUAGAUGAGAUCAUGAAGAGAACCAGGCGUAGUGAAUCUGGAGAUAAGCAAUCCAAUGUUGAAAGAAAUGGAGAAAUGCCAAGAACAGUGGACAGCCCAGCUAUUACACCAUUGCAAGAUGAGCAGGAAUCUCUAUUUCUCCGGAGCACUGUAGAAGCCCCCUACAAUGGAGAAUCACCAAGGAUCAUUACUUUGGAUAGUGCUGAGAAACAGCCAAAUGAGAAUGGCUUGUGUACGCAGAACAACAAUUUUGAAGAGAUUAUACAUUUACCUGUUGGAACGAAAUCAAUCAAACUUGAUUCUCUAAACAAUGAGGGGAACAGCAUCCAGGAUCUCCCUUUAAAUCCAAUUCUAGCUUUUGAAGUAGACAGUGUGCAGACCCCACAAACAGCAGAGGUAAAUUGAACUCCACAGUCAUAUGUAAAAAUCAUCUAAAAAUCCCCUGGCAUUUUUUCAAAAGACGGAAGGAUUGUUUACUCUGUGGGUUGCCUGUGAAAAACCCUUACCAGUACCAGCUGACGGGCUGCUGCUCUUAAAAAGACAAAUAUCAAAGUUUUUGUUUUCUUUUUUUAAGUGUGCAGUGCGUACACCAGCGGUUCUCUCCCAGAUGCUGCUUCUAGCAAGUGUUUGUUGAAGUCUUCACCUACAUUGAAGGGGGAAAUAAUAAUUGGAAGUAUGAAGGCUGUGUGUGGGGGGGGGACAUUUAGGGACUGUCAAGUUUUAAAUAUAAUUGUUUAACAUGCUAAUGAUCUUUUACACUGUAUAUGUUUAAUACUUGAAUAAACCUUCAUCGCUCUACAUGUAGGGCUAUGGAGUGGUUUCAUUUAAACCAUUUGGUUUAAAUAUUAUUACAGAGAACUCCAUUUAUAGGGGCUUUAAUGUAUAGGCUACUGUAUCAGGUUCUCUGACAUGUAAUUAGUACGUGAAUAUCAGAUUCCUCUCAUUGGUUGAUUUUUCUCAUUUUCUUUGAAAGUGAUUGACAAUUUCUUAAUUUGAUUUGGAAAUAUAAUGAAUAAUCUAGUUGCUGCUUUGAUUUUAUUUGCAUUUAUUUUAUUUUAAUUAUACUGUAAGAAUCAAUGUUUCCCAGAGUAAAUUAUACCUGAUUUUAUCAUACUUGAAUAUUUGUUGUACAACAAAAACUUAAAAGGAAAUUCUAUAUUCUAACUGUAAUUUUCUGUUUGCUUUUCUUACCUAUAAAUGUUUCUUUGCCUUACUAAAUUCUUAAACACAUGGAUAUAUAUAUAUAAAUAUAUAUAAAUAUGGGUGAAUUCUAAGGAAAAUAAUUAUCACCGAAAACAUUUGUUCCUUUGCUCGUUUCAGAGCAAAACAAAAUGUUAAGCAAUUAUUAAUUUAUCUUUUGUCUAAAUGUCUUUCCACCGUUUUCCUCACAUGAUCACUUACACUGUACAUUGCUGUUUUUAUCUAUAGAAUGAAGGCUUAUAAACUUGCACUUUUUUUAUUUUAUUUUUUAUUUAACCCUCAUUGCUCAAAUUGUCUUAUUUGUGUUGUAAAUGACGAUAACAUAGUCAGGUAAAGGGUGAUAAAUCACUAGCCCAUAGUUUCCCAUUUUAGUUGUCAAGGAUCCUCUGAGGUCUGAGCGUAGAGGGUAUAACAUUGUUACACUGGUUUUCUCCAACAGGUAUAUGCUAGAACACAGGUUCUCAAACUCGGUCCUCAGGACCCCACACAGUGCAUGUUUUGCAGGUCUCCUCACAGAAUCACAAGUGAAAUAAUUAGCUCCACCUGUGGACCUUUUAAAAUGUGUCAGUGACUAAUUAAUACACCUGUGCACCUGCUGGGUUACCUGCAAAACAUGCACUGUGUGGGGUCCUGAGGACCGAGUUUGAGAACCACUGUGCUAGAACAUGGCCUAGAGUAGAUCACAGGCCUGGUGAUGGAAAUCUGAUUUGGCUAUAUAGGUCUACAGGGUUUAUCAUGCAUCAAUAGAGUAAUAUAUAAACUGUUUUACACAAUCUACUGUCACACAUUACGUUCUGUUUAGUUUGUCCUGAUGCCCAUGUACAUAAAAGUUAUAUUUACAAAAGAAAAAAAAUCAUGUAGUUUAUUUCUUUUAAUCUAUAUAGCAUGUUAUUCAUAAAUAAAUAUGUUUGAAGUCAUUUUAA